AUGUCAUUUAGUAUAAUAAAAAUUGUGACGGAAUACGAGUAAAUAUGAUAGUUAAACUUAACGUGACGUUAAUGUGAUUUUAUUAUAAUUUUCUGUAAUAUUUAUUACAUGAAUAUAAAUUAAAUUAAUUGAUUACGACUGUGCGUGAAAAAAAAUUCUGACAAAAAGUUGGUAGAGGACUGACACUGUGAUAAGUGUUAGAAGCAAAACAACAUUAAUAAUUCAUUACGAUAAAGUAGAAUAAUAAUUAAAGUUAAUUGAUGUUUAUUUUUACUGUUGUCUGAUAAGUGAGAAUUCUUUUUGUUGAAUAAUGUAAACUUGGCUCACUCUUGAACUUUUUACACAUCUGUUGAACUUUUAUAUGUCUUUUAUACAUCUUUUGAUCUGAUUAUACGUUCUUAUUGAGGAUAAUUAUGUACUUGUUUUAUAAGUUUUACAAAUUACAAUUAAUAUCAUUUUUUUCGAUUUAUGACGUACAUUUAAGGCUCUUUUACCUAAUGAAUUUGAAUGAAAACUUCUUUUGUUUUAAACAUUUCAAAGAAGUUUGUAUGUAGUUUAAAAAUGUUUAAAGUAAUGAACAGUUUUAAAAAAUUUUUGUUUGAAAUAUUUUAAAAUCAAGUUGAACAUGUUCAAACUACACUGCUUAUAUUUUGUAUGCAUAUUUAGUUCUUUUAUUUUAGAUAAAAUAGCAGAUAUUUAUGUACGAAAUAUACGAAUAAAACAAAUUUUUAAGUUAAAAAAAUUCCCAAGUUCGUAAGAUCAAAUUUUAUCGGUGUUCGGAUAAAUCAAACUUAUUUUAAUACGUCGAUGACAAUUACAUUAUCAAACAGCGGGUAAUAAACUUGCUGUAAAUUCCACUGAAACUGAUUCACAUUCGUAUGUAAAUUAUUCUUAAUUGUAACUACGUUUUCUCUUUUAAAGCCGGCCAAAGAACACAGAUAAUUCUAGAUCAUUUUGAAUACAUAUUUUUGAAAGACGUUUAUGAAAUUUAAUUGCAAAACGGUAAACAUUAAAUUGAAAUAGAGAAAGAAAUGAAUUAUGGGGAACAAAUUGCAAAAAAAAAAAAAAGAAUAUCGAAAGUGUCAAGGUUUUCAGUGACUGUGCACAAGUGAAAGUAAAACUUUCUUUUCGGUACUGAAUCUUCCAAUCUUCACAAUGCAUAUCCGUUUCCUAUUUAUUUCAUUUGCAGAAAAAAUCCUGCAAACUAAAUUUUUGAAAGUAUUUUUAUGUAUUUCUGUUUUCUUUAAUAUAUUUUUAUUUUCUUUGUUAUAUGAAGUUACUAGGAAUAGCAUUUAAAAUUUUCGAUAAACUGAGAUUUCUUUCAAACUUCGUGUCACACGAUGUAAAUAUAUUCUCGAAAAUAUCAAUCAAAUUCGAGUUAAACUUUUAUAUUUAUACCUUCUGGAAAUAUAAGUUAUUUGUAAAAAUGUAGAAUAUCAUUUAAAAGGUGUUCAAAAGGAAAAUGGUGCAAAUAUUCUUUUAACUUUUUAUUUUAAGAAAAGAAAAUCUGUUUAUUAAAUCGUGUUCUCAAUCAGCAAUAUUUUUUAAAAUUCGUUACUAUUCAAAUAUUUGCUAAGUUAUACAUCCGAAACAAAUACUACUUCAAGAUUCUCAUUGAAAACGUUUAUACUUGCAAAAUUUAUAAAUUCGUAAGACUAUUAUAUACGUUAUUUUCGUAAUAUGAUUUGUUUAAUAAUAGUAUAAACAUUCAAAUUAGGUGUUGGUAUGUCAGCCUUCUUUCUGUCCAUUUUUGGAAGAAUUUAGUUACCAUAAAUGGUUGUUCGUUUCACUGACCCAAUUACGUAAUAAAUCAUUUUGAAAUGUAUUUUUAGCGAAAGUUUAGUAUUACAAACUUUUAAUAUUUUUUUAAAAAAAAGUCGUUCUAGUGAUCACAAUACUUUAUGUUGGAGUACUUAAUAUUAGAAUAUAUAUUUCAUUUUUUUCAGUAUUUUAUUUUUAUUCAAUAUUUAAAAUUAUUUUAAUCAAAUAUUUUAUUAUAACUACACGAGUUUCAGGUUAAAAUAAUGAAAAAAUAAUCGUAAAAAAUCAUCAGCUCUUAAAGUGAUGAAGUAACAUUCAAGUGUUGUUUGUUAAAAUGCCUAAAGUGCUAAUAAUAUACCUUGUAUGCAGGAAACUAAGCAAACGAAGUAUAAAUUAUUUAACUUUCGCAUUUGGUAUUCAAUUUGCAUGAAUAGAAUUAUAAAACGAGUGAAGAUAAUGAACAAUUGUAUUGUUCGUUAUUCGUAACUUGCAUUUUAUUAAAUAAUAUUAGGAUCAAUAUGUAUCAUACAGAUUUGUACUCUGAAAUAAUAAAGCUAUAUAUGAGCCAAAGCUAUUUACAGACCAAAGCUAUUAAUUUCAGUUUUUAAUUUUUUAAAAUUCGAAAAAAAAAUUUGUUUGAUGGCUAAAUUUUUAUAUUUACAAUUAAUAGCACUAAAUGACAAAUAUUAUUUUGUCCAGGAAAUAAUAAAUAGCUUAUUUUCAGAAUUACUAAUAAUUAUUCUAGGAAUGUACAAUUUUAUAUAUCAUAUUGUACAAUAUUUAUUUGAGUUUUAUCUAUUUUAUUUUGAGUCUAAAAGGAAUUAAAAAAAAAUUUUAUGCAGUUUAUCAAUUUAGCAAAUGAGCAGCUCAUAUAUGAUUCACAAGAUGAAUGAUUUUGAUACCCGUGAAUAAGCAUCUUGUCAUGAGAGAUAUGAAACAAAUGAUUUUAAUAUUUAAGUAUAGUUUAUGAUUUUAUAAAGAGUACUAAAUGUUUAUUUAUUUAGAAUAUUGAGAUAUUGCUGAGGUUAUUAAUUUUAUUACAGGAAAUAUUAUUUUAAAUUGCUUUAAUGGUAUUUCUUUUGUUUAUUUUAUCUGGUCUGAAACUGAUUUCGAUAAUUCGAGAAUAUUUGCAGAUGAUUGAUCGAAUUCAUACAAUAGAGAUAAUUCAUUAGUUUGCUAUCUAAAAAAUUGUAAUAAUACGUUAACUUUAGUAAGUAUAUGAUCACUGAUUUAUCAUGGUUAAUUCAUUAUUACUUUGGUUUAUAUUGUUAUUUGGUUAUAUUGUUAUUUGGUUAUAUUAUAUUUUAAAGUAUAAUACCACGAAAGUAUAAUAAUUAUUACUAUAAUUUUGUUUAUAUUAUAUAUUAAUUUAGAAACAAUUUUUAUGUUGUACAAAAAAGAAAGAUUAUAUACCAUCUUAUAAUUUAAGAAACUAUAUAGAGUUAUUAAGAUUUUUAAAUAAUCCUUUUCCUUUACAGAUUCCGUUCCAAGAUGGCAUUCAAUAAAGGUUCUAUUCUUAAACUGUUAGAGUUGGUAAGUAUAAUAAUUAUUGCAUCACUAAAAUUUGCAAAUAUUCUAUUCUAUCUUAUUAUCAUAAUUAAGAUUAUAUAUAUAAUGUUAUAACUUCACAAAUAUUUCAGAAAGAAUAGAAAUUAAAUACAUAUUAUCAAUAAUCCGAAAUAAUAAUCGUGAAAGCCUAACGUAAUAAGAUUUUAAAAACUAAACUUUUUAGUAUUUAAAUGAUUUUUUCUCAAUCGUAAAAGAACUAUUUUUCUAUCUUCAGUGUAUUUCUAUCUCACUGAUUCGUUUACAUUUAUAGUGAAGUUAUUUUUAACUCUCUCCAGAAAUAAUUUUGAAUAGUCUGUCACUUUUCACUUCCUAUUUUUCUAUAUCUCUGAUAAAUCAAGAAACAAGAAACAUUGAGAUUUCCUGGAGAUUUCUAGACAUUUUUUUUUUUUUAGUCUGGCAGAAUAGAUAAUAAUAUAAUGGAUAGUGAUUGCUGUGCACGAUAUUUUCUUCUUCUUAUGAUCGCACUUCGAGCCGGAAGUUAG